AUGGGUUUUGACACGGAGACACGACCAACAUGGAGAAAGCGUCAGAUACAGAAUCCGUGUGCAUUGCUGCAGAUUGCAGUGCGUGACGCUCAGAAGAAAGAGGAGGUCUUUAUCCUCGACUUAUUGAACCUGCCCACCACGGUGUACAAUGGAACACUCACGAGCGUUUUCCUGUCCAAAAAGAUUAUCAAGAUAGGCCAUAGCUUCUACCAGGAUCUACAGAAUCUGGUACAGUCAUAUCCACAUGCGUCUUGCUUUACUGUCUGCAAGGGCGUCGUGGAGGUGAAUGACUUGUCCAUCUCGCUGGUCGGAGCGCACAACCCGCUUAGUCUGCAGAAACUCGUGUUCUUCUAUCUGCAUCGCAAGCUUGCAAAGACGCAGCAAGUAUCCAAUUGGGAAAGAAGGCCACUGUCUUUUGGCCAGCUUCAUUAUGCUGCAGCGGACGCUCUGGUGCUGCUCCACUUGUAUGACGAGCUACUGCUACGCAUUCGGAAGCAGUGCACAACAAUGACGGAAAGCUUCAGGUUAAGGGACGUGACAAAUGUACUUGAUGUAAACCUUCCUCCCGAUAUAUCAAAGUGCUCACUCUGCUUUGAGACAUUUCAGACGAGAGAUGCACUAAUGCAGCACCGCAAGAUCUGUCUAAUGGACGUACGCAUGCUGGCAAUAUGUGUAGUGUGCAACGGUAAGAAGCUUGAGACGGAAAUAGGGAUGGAAUACCACGUGAAGCAUUGCAGUGUGGAUGAAGUAGCAAACGAGACAAUUGUACAAGUUAGGAGAAAGCGCUUGCUCUCUGUGGUAAGCAGCAACAAUUCUGCCAAGUCGCUAAAGCUAGUAUCCGUUCAACCUAAAGCUAAUAAGCGCCGCGAAACAAAGCAAGCAGACGCUACUUUUACAGCAACGAAGAAGAUUGUGGAUGCCCAAAGUUUGGUUCGGGUGAAUGGAGAAAAGAAGAAACGCAAGAAAGCUCGAAAAAUACGUGAACGGACACACAAAGCGCAGACAGUGGCAGUUGUGGAUGCUCAAAAGGCCGCAGAGCACGGCACUGCAUGUCAAACGACAAAGAUAUCAAGCUGUCAAAAUCAAGAACGUAAGAAACGGACAACUAGCAUGGAGUCGUCGCUCUUGGCAUCGGACGCAAUGUGGUCAAAGAUCUCGAGUGACUACAAUUUUCUUACCAGUGCUACUUAG